GCAAGGGCCAUCCAGCAAACACAAAAAGGACCAAAGUGGGCAUAUUCUGAGGAGGGCAGGGCAGGGCAGGGCAGCAACCGGAAUUCGAUCGAAAGGGCAAAAAAAACUUCCCUUCUUCUUCCUCCUUCCUUCGUCGGCUUCACGCUUCUCCUUGCUUCUUCUCCCUUUUCCCCCUCGCAUAUCGAUCGCUCUCUCCCGGCUCGCUCAAACUCCGCCAAGAUGCAUUCCAGCCACCUGCUUCUCGAGGAGCCCAUUCGCAUGGCGUCAAUCCUCGAGUCUUCCAAGUCUAGCUUCUUCCCGGCAAUGACUAAGAUUGUUGGGACUCUCGGCCCCAACUCGCGAUCGACGGAGAUGAUUGCGGGCUGCCUCACGGCUGGAAUGUCGGUGGCUCGAUUCGAUUUCUCCUGGGGCGACGCUGAGUAUCACCAGCAGACUUUGGAGAACCUGAAAGCUGCCAUCAAGAGCACCAGGAAGCUCUGCGCGGUUAUGCUCGAUACGGUGGGUCCUGAGUUGCAGGUUCUUAACAGAAGUGAACAACCCAUUUCACUCCUGCAAGAUGGUCUUGUCAUCCUGACACCUGAUAAGGAACAGAAUGCCUCAUCAGAAAUAUUGCCCAUUAACUUUGAUGGGUUAGCCAAGGCUGUGAAACCUGGAGAUACCAUAUUUGUUGGUCAAUAUCUCUUCACUGGCAGUGAAACUACUUCUGUGUGGCUGGAGGUAAUGUACAAGACAACCCUUGACAGCAAUCGUUUUCGAAUUGUGCAGGUUUCUGAGGUCAAAGGAGAAGAUGUGGUAUGUGUGAUUAAAAAUACCGCUACAUUGGCAGGGUCGUUGUUCACUCUACAUGCUUCUCAAAUCCGUAUUGAACUACCUACCCUUUCCGAAAAGGAUAAGGAGGUUAUUAGUGCCUGGGGAGUGCCAAAUAAAAUCGACUUUCUUUCAUUAUCUUAUACCCGACAUGCCGAAGAUGUCCGUCAGGCCCGUGAAUACCUCUCUAAGCUAGGCGACCUGAGCCAAACUCAAAUCUUCGCUAAGAUUGAGAAUGUUGAGGGAUUGACGCAUUUUGAUGAGAUAUUACAAGAGGCUGAUGGCAUUAUUCUUUCCCGAGGGAACCUGGGCAUAGAUCUGCCCCCUGAGAAGGUGUUCUUGUUUCAGAAAGCUGCCCUUUACAAGUGCAACAUGGCUGGCAAGCCUGCUGUGGUCACCCGUGUUGUAGACACUAUGACAAACAAUUUGAGGCCAACUCGUGCUGAAGCUACUGAUGUUGCCAAUGCUGUUCUAGAUGGGAGUGACGCAAUUCUUCUUGGUGCUGAAACUCUUCGUGGGAUAUAUCCUGUGGAAACCAUUUCUACUGUUGGCAGAAUUUGUUGUGAGGCAGAGAAGGUUUUUAAUCAGGAUGUCUAUUUCAAGAAAACUGUCAAAUAUGUUGGAGAGCCAAUGACUCACUUAGAAUCUAUUGCCUCCUCUGCGGUUCGAGCAGCCAUCAAGGUGAAGGCCUCUGUCAUCAUAUGUUUCACUUCAUCAGGAAGGGCCGCUAGACUGAUUGCCAAGUAUAGACCAACGAUGCCAGUCAUCUCUGUUGUUAUCCCCAGACUCAAGACAAACCAACUGAAGUGGAGUUUCAGUGGUGCUUUUGAGGCAAGGCAAUCGCUUAUAGUUCGAGGUCUCUUCCCAAUGCUCGCUGAUCCGAGACACCACGCUGAAUCAACGAGUGCCACAAAUGAAUCAGUCCUGAAGGUUGCUUUGGACCACGGGAAGGCCUCAGGCGUGAUCAAGUCCCACGACAGAGUAGUCGUCUGCCAGAAAGUCGGAGACGCGUCGGUGGUUAAGAUCAUCGAGCUUGAAGAUUAGAGGCGAAGACACAAUUGGCAAGAUUUUCCCCCCUCCCUACAUGUAAGACCGACUAUAUAAGGAAGUGGGUGGCAAGGGUUUAUGAUAUUAUUACGCACUCACUGCGGAGGGUGUGAAAGCCUCCAGUUUUUUUGGGAGUAUUUUGAUUCUUGGUUUUGAGAUUGUAUCAAGGAAACAAAAUACACUGAGCAAUCUGUUUUAGUUCAGCUUAUAAACUAAUGGUAGGGGGAAAUUGGUGAGAUCUUGACUUAGUGGCUGUGAAAAAGUUUCAUUGUUUUAUGCAUAGUAGCCGUCGAAGUAUCUAAAUGGGUAUAAAUGCUAAUUCUUCUUUAAACAUGCUUAGCAACAAAGAAUGUUAAUUGCUA